AUGCUAGUCAUCGGUCACGGUGCUGCUGAGAGAGCAGAGACGCGAAGUCAAGUGAUCGAGAACAUCGGCCAACUGGUUAUCCCCUCGUUCAAGACGGGAACGCUUGACUCCCUCGUCGCUCUCUCAGAGGACCUGCCAAAACUCGAGAAUUUCUUCACUGGAACUGUCGCUAAGACAGUCGACACACUUCGCAACCUGCUAAACAACGACCCCUCGAAACUAGCGCAGCAUAUUCUCAUCGACGAGAAAAGCGUGGAUACCUACCUUCUAAAUGGCUGGAUGUGGAAGGAAGGACGCUAUGAUGUGCAGAAGAGUCUGCGUGAGCUGGUCGAUACGCUGAACAAGGAAAUGAAUUCCAUCGACAAUGCCUUGAAGGCAAAGUUGAACAACUACAACCUUGUGAAGGGCUCGUUAACCAACAUGCAACGCAAGAAGACAGGAAAUCUGUCCGCGCGUUCCCUCGCCGAUGUUGUGUCCAAGGGCGACUUCAUCCAGGACUCUGAAUUCCUGGAGACCGCCCUGGUUGCAGUGCCCAGGGCUCUCGUCAAGGAUUGGAACGCGAAAUACGAGAGAUUGACGUCUAUGGUGGUCCCACGAACGUCCAAAUUGAUAGCGGAGGACGAUGAAUUCGCACUCUUCGGUCUCGUCAUUUUCCGUCGCGUCCAUGACGACUUCGUACAGAAGUGCCGGGAACACAAGUUCAUCGUUCGCGAAUUCGUCUACUCAGAAGAGGAGAUCGCCAAGCAGCAACAAGAGUUGGAAAUGGCUGGGACAACGGAGAAGGAACUAUGGACGGAGCUAUUGAGACUCGCCCGCACGAAUUUCUCGGAGUCGUUCCAAAUUCUUGUACACUUGAAGGUUGUGCGACUGUUCGUCGAGAGCGUUCUGCGGUAUGGUCUACCAGCCGAGUACAUUGGCAUCGUAGUCAAGCCUGAACCCAACGCAAAGAAAAUAUUCAACGUUCUUCAAACCCAGUUCGCAUACCUCCGCUCGAAAUCCAAUGCUGGUCAAAAUGUCAAACCUGGAGGAGAUGAGUUACUCGGAGAGUACCAAACGCUCAUGGACCAAGAAUUCUUCGAUUUCGUGUUCUACGAGGUUCCUUGGAUCAUUACUUAG